UGCACAAAUGUCAAAAGUUUGAGAAACACUAGUAUAUCAGUGUCCUGGGACGAAGAGAGGUGCAAGUGUACGGACAGCCUCAUCGUUUCCGCGGAUCAAAUGCUGAUUUAACGCGUGACUUUUUUCCAUGUCGAAGCAACAGUUCCAUAGUUCCAUCGCCUUUUUGACUAUUAUUCGAUAUCUGACGCUCUUCUGGUAUCUAGUUUCAGUUCAGUGCGUGAUCGCGGAAUACAUAUCGGAUAAUGAUAAUGUCGAAAUGGAAUAGAGCUUUGGUGCGAUCGAGUGUGUUAGAGGCGCAUUACGAUGAGUCCAGUGUCAGAGUAGAGCCGGAGAAUGAGGAUAGCAGGAUUGAGCUGGAUCAUGUUGUUCUCUUCCACGAUGAUCUUUAUUCGGGCGUGCAAAUCAAGGAGGCAGACGUCGGACAGCCUUGUAUAGAAUGCGAUAAGUGCGAGGAAGGCUAUGAACCGCACGAUUGGAGAAUUGAACUACUUUCACUGCUGAUGUCACGCUUGCGUGACAUUAAGUUUUUUGCUAGUUGCUGAUGACACACUUGCCUGACAUCUGACCGUUUUUUUUUAUAAAUUUAAAUGUUUUUUUACUGAGUAUUAAUAAAAUUGUCUUGAU